AUGCCACCUCCAGAUCGCAUGGUCGGCAAGCUUUCAAAGCUACGCGCAAUCAAUCCCACCGACGCCAAACUUCUCGCUCGAAACGGGAAACCUCUACCAAAACGAUCCGCAAAUGCUGCUCCUCCUCCACAACCAGAGCCCCAGCCAGAACCAGCCUUCUCCUCUGAACACUAUGGUCCCAGCCUCGGUCGCCGACGGCUUUUCGAACCUCUCCGCAAUACGUUCGCCCGCUUCCGCCAGCGUUGUAGGAAGCUUCCUACCCCGAUCUUGCUGUCUGCGCGAACAGUGCAAGUUAUGAUUCCAAUUGUACCGAUCGGCUAUUUCCUGACAGACAAUGUGAUGCGCAUAACAAAAGUCAACGGGCCGUCAAUGACGCCGUACCUGAACGAAAACUACGAUCAGAUGCAUACGCAGAGUGAUACGGCACUUAUACAGAUGUGGUCGAAACAUCGAUGGAUACCUUGGAAGGAUGGCCGAAGACUGGAAAGGGGCAUGGUUGUGAUAUUCCCAUCCCCCGCCGACCCGUCUCGUAAGGCUGUGAAGCGUAUCGUUGGCCUGCCUGGAGACCGUGUGACUAAUCGAGACUUCCCCAACGAAGGGGCGCACCUCGUUCCCUGGAAUCAUGUCUGGGUAGAAGGAGAUGCGGCGAACCAGCAGCGCUCAAUGGACAGUAACUCAUAUGGUCCUAUUUCUAUCAGCAUGAUUGAGGGUCUAGCCAUCGCUGUAUUGAGCCCCCGAAUGCGCUGGUUGAAUUGGAAGGACUGGGAAUCAAAAGACGUGGAUGCUGCCGGGUCCAACGGUCGAUUGCGCCCCGACUAUCGCAAGAGCAUACAAGAUCGUAUAGUGAAGAACGCGGCCAAAGUGGAACGACCUCCAGAAUGGUAG